AUGGGUAGCAGCACAACAACUUCGGAAGCUCGGAAAAAGCAACCGCAUCGCUUUUUGACAAGAGCUGAAAAGGACGCACUUAGGAGAUCCGAGGAAACCCAAGUUGCGCGCGAUCUACGUCUUGCUGCUGAUGUAGAACGAGCAGCUUUGAGAAAAUCCAACGAAACCGAAGGCGAGCGCAAGCUGCGCCUCUCGGUCAACGCAGAAAGAACCAGACUAAGGAGGUUGGCUGAAACCGAAGAGAGCAGAGCCGACCGCCUUGCUGGGAAUGCUGAAAGAAGUAGGAAAAAAAGAGCAACUGCUGCUGUUGAGAAGCGGCAAAUGGGAGAAGAGAAUUGCGUUCCGAGUACUUCCAAUCUGGAUAAUUCCGAACUCGUGGAAAACUUUUCCGGAGCAGCUUUUUCACAUCUUUCCAACAAUACCGCUACAGAAGAAGUGGCAGCUGAGAGCCAUCUAACGUCGUUUGAGCGAUCAGAUCAAGAGAGUAUUAACACGAUCCUCGUCCACCGCAUAAUGAGGAUCUCACAGAUGGAAAGUGAAUUAGAUUCUACUGUCAAUGAGAGCAACUUUUUGGAAACACCUGUGAGUGCGUCCACUAUGCUAAAAGAGGAUUUGCCUGCGCAGGUAAAUCCAGCAACAAAACUUCUUGGGACAAGCUCAAAUGCUGCACUAAAUCCACGUUUAUAG